AUGGAAGACAGUCCGAUGAUUGUUGAUGGUGACUUGGCCGGCGAGAGUCGCUUGCGAGUGCUGCGUGCCUGCGACCGCUGCUCUCAGUCAAAACAGCGCUGCGAUGGAGAGCGUCCGUGCCAGCGAUGUACCGAGCGAAACAUCCCGUGUCAAUAUGAGAAGACCGUACGGAAGCGUGGUCGCCGCCGUCGGACAAAGUUCGCCUCCACCACCCACAGAACACUUGCCCCUGGCCCUCCGAGUCUAAACGAUCUGAUCAACCACGGAAACAGCAGUGUGGAGCCUUCCCCAGAGGAGCGCGACAAUAUGCCGGACAGCGUGCGACGAAGAAACACCAACCCGCUUAGCACUCCAUCGUACACCGAAGACGACUCGAUUACGCGACUGACGAACGAUACAAGAGGAGGAGGCAGCAAUGGUCAGGAGGAAGCCGACCCAUUUCGUCUCGAGCCAGCUACCACUCUUCCUGGACUAUCAAACCAGGACGCGACUCGCGCUUCGCUGAAUCCCUUUGUCUUCCAGGACGCAUUCUUCAGCAUGCCGGGCCAGUCUCAGAGCCCAGCUAGAAUUGCGUCCGGUCGCGUCGAGCACUGGUUGAGCAAGACGCCCCCUGUCCCGUCGGGCGGGCCGCUCCGUGGACUCUAUUCUACGGUUUCGCACAAGAAUUUACAGGGAAGCUCUGCUCACGGCUCAUCGCAAGGCCAGAUAUCCUACCCUUGUUUAGAGCCUCUUCUGCCGUACUUACGGGGAAUCUUGUCGCCAAGUGAUGCCUCGGAGAUGCUGGAGAUCUACUUUAACGAGCAGCGAAACCCAAUCUUCAAGGCGACAUCUCCGUAUACUAUCGCGCACAUAGUCCAACCUUCAUCCGUUCUACAUCCAACUGCACCGCGGCCGACUUCAUCUAUCCUGCUUCUCGUCAUGCUACUUUGCGUCGCGCACACUGCAGAUAUCAGAAUUUUCGACCCACCUGGUGCGCGACAACGCAUCGUGCUCGACCUCUAUCGUCUAGUGCUUGAUCUGAUGGAGCCGGUCGACUGGGAUAACUAUUUCAGAACAUCAGAUGGGUGGCAGUACCACCCGCGAGGAGGGUUCCCGGACAAAGAUGGGCGAUCUUCUGUCUGUCAUGCUGCCGGCAGCGGGCUCAUUCCCGACUUUCUUGGUUCCACAGAUGUCAUCUUGGCUCUGGUCAUACUCACACUCGUGAUAUCUGGAGGUCACUUCAAAGCGGACUCUCUGAAAUGGUGGUCAAAGGCAAUUCGUCUGACCCGAGCAAGUGGUCUAAGCAUGGAAGACCAGGGACUGCAGUCGGGGAACAUUCCUAGCUCAUUUUAUCAAGGACAGACGUCUGUCCGAGAGUGGCUGAUAGUCAAAGAGGAGCGUCGGCGACUCUUCUGGCUGAUAUACUGCCUUGACCGUCAUCUGGGGUUGUCCUUCAACGCGCCAGUGAACUUCCCGGAGGGUACAUUCUGGGUUGCUGCUCCUCUGCCCGAGGACCUCUGGCAGACCUUGGAGACCGUUGACCUCAGCCGCAUCCCUGCGCCGCAGCUUGGCCCUCCUGCGAAGAUAACAGGAUACGGUUUCUUCGAGUAUUUCCUUCCCCUCGCCACCGUGCUAGGGCAUAUCAUCGACUUUCACCAUGUUCAGAACCAUCCUCUUCUCGGAGAUACGCUCAACCACGCGGCCAUUCAUCGAAUUGAAGCGCUGAUCUCUCAACGCGAACAAGACAUCGCGGAUCUCAGGGACCAGCUCGAGAAUCCACUCCCCAAUCAGCACCCCAUCGACCCUUUCAAUCCCACGUUUGGAUAUGUCCAAAACCCAGCGUCGUCGGUCGAUGCGAAGAAGCCGCUAGUGAUUGCAUACAGCUCCCACAUGCUUCAUGUAUUUUACAUCCUGCUGCACGGGAAAUGGGAUCCGAUAUCCAUGAUUGAAGAUAAGGAUGACUGGAUAACGUCGGAGAGCUUUCAGGCAUGCGCCUCGCACGCGCUCAGCGCGACGGCAGCUGUACACCAGAUCCUCACCCUCGACCCGGAACUCAAUUUUAUGCCCUACCUCUUUGGUAUAUAUCUGCUUCAGGGAAGCUUCAUCCUCCUGUUGUUCGUCGACCGGAUGCCGGAGCUCGGAUUCAACAAGUCUGUCGAGGAGGUUUGCGAGACAAUUAUCCGGGCGCAUGAAGUGAGCGUGGUGACACUGGACACCACAUUUCAGAAAAACAUCCGUAAAGUUUUUCGAUCGAUGCUACACGACGCGCAACGGGCUGAUCCGCAUUUCCGAGAAACUCACAAAGCUCGACGAAGAGAGAUCCUCUCGCUCUACCGGUGGACGCGUAAUUCGCAUGGGCUGGCCUACUGA